AUGUUCAUAAAAUUAAUAUUUAUUAUUUUAAUAAAAAUAUUAUAUGGAGAUGAUUCUAUUCCAGUUGUUCAUUUAUUUAUAAAAGAUCAAACAGAAAAUAUGGAUACUUCAAUUGGUGAAGGAUCAUGUACGGGAACAAUACUAGGUGGAAAGUAUAUUUUAACAGCUGCUCAUUGUGUUUUUACAGCCAAUCAUUGUAAUGAUAAUUUAAAAAAUGAUUUUAAAAAUUUAAGUAUUCCUCCUAAAAGAUUAAAAAUUGAAUAUGAUACAUUUUGUUCUCACUUAAGAACAGCUUGUUAUGAAAAUGAUGAACCAAAAAUUGCUAGAGUAAAUAAAAUAUAUGUUCAUAAAAAUUAUAUAGAAAAUUAUUGUAAAGAAGCUGAUCUAGCUAUUUUAGAACUUCAAAAUGAUAUUGGAAGUAAAUUGAUGGCAGUAAAUUCUAAUAAAACUUUUUUACCAGAUAAAUUGUUAGGAUUUGGAUUUGGUGAUAAUCCAAGAAAUAAACAGGAUUCAUUUAAACUUCAAAGUGAUGAAUUUAUAAUAACUAAAUGUUUACAUUCAAAAAUUCCAAAUGGUACAUUUUGUACAGAUGAAAGUGUAAGCAAUUUUUGUAAAGGUGAUAGUGGUGGUCCAUUAAUGACAGUUGAUAGAGUUAUUUAUGGAGUAGUUUCAGGAGGAACAAAUUGUGAUUAUUUAGAAAAUAUGUUAAGUAAAGGAAAAAGAGAAAUAUUCAAGGGAAAUAUAAGUUAUGAUGUCUCAAAUUUUUUAAAUUUUAUUUGUUCUAUCAUACAACAAGAUAAAAACAAUCCUGUUUAUGGAUGUGAAGAAUAUACUGAUGUAUUAAAUAAUGAAACAGAAAUAUUUUUCUAA